AUGUCUGUAGAAAAGUUUGAUGGCAUGAAUUGGUCUCAAGCUGAUGUCUCUGCUCGCUUGUACGUCGCGGUCUGUAAGAAUUAUGCACGAGUAUUAGAGAUGAUAUGGGAGAAGGACAAUGAGGCAUCUGUUGCUCGUAAAGCAAUGGGGCUGUACGAGCGGAGUCUUAACGUUGACCCGAGUGACUAUGUCACCUGGUACAGACUAGGUGUGCUUGGUCUAAAACUAAGAUAUCCGUCUCCGGCCGUUAUCGAGAUGUUUUUCAGACAGGCAAUGGAAUUAUCUGAACCAACGACAUCUCCUGUGUACAUUCUUAGUCUAUGCGAGACUGUGCGGCUCUGUUGGGAUUUGGGACGCUUCGAAGCUGGGCUGAAAUUAGCCGAAAAAGGUUUGCAGACGGAGCCUAAUUUCAAGGAGCUGAACAUACUCAAAGAACAGCUGGAGAAGACUUGGGCAUGGUCACCAGAAGACCCUGAGACAUUUGUUCAUCGUCCUCACCUAUCCCACCAAUCUCAUAAUCACAUUACUCGACGAGCUUGGCCCACUGUACGCGCUGAUGAAGUCUCUUUCGCCGAACAUUCCUAUGAGCUCGAUUUAUGCACGUGGAAGGGGCUAGGAGAACUACUGUUAAAAGUAUAUGAUACCUGCACACAGACAACAUUAAGCAAGGAAGAGAAAAGGUCAGAUGACCAUGUUGUAUUAAUCAAUAUCAAACCGCAUACAUACGAUUCAAUGGAAUUCUGGCCACCCAAUUUGAAAAAGAGAAAGAGUAAUGUAAACACAAGAACAACGUCCAAACGUGCUCGUCGUAACAGUGGGAUCUCUAGUGGCCCCAAAGCGUCAGGAGACAAAACAGAAGAUGAGUCAAAAGCCAAUUUCAUAAACGAGCUGGAGAAAAUUGUAGCUCCAAUUGAUGAGGGACUGCUCAUGUCAGUUAAAGAGCAAGAUGAAAUAAUGAAGAUAGAGCUGUUCAUGGAUAGACUGGAAAAUAUGUGGGUAUCAGCAGCAGCGGACGAGUUUAUAAACAUAUCUGGAUUGUUGGAAGAAAAUGAAUGUAGACAGAGUUCCAACACUAGACGUCGCUUUAUCUACUAUACGAAAACAAGUCCAUCACCUGAACCAGUCAUUCUCUCAACUAACUCAGUACAACAGCUUGUUAUAAGUCUCAAUGAACGUAAAACCACGAUAAAUGUCUGGAUGGCUGUUUAUCUCCUUAAUCUAUUCGCGUAUCAUCCUGGCGCUGAGUCCUCUGACUGCAGGUCACUAUGGUUUUCUGGAUGGCCAGAUGGGAUGGCUGAAAUAGUAUUGCGUGUUUUGAACAGUUGUCAUCGAACACUUUUACAAAUAUUGUGUGAUGAGCAGAAGAGAAUAAAUAAAGAUAGCGCAUAUAAGUGGAUCAGAGAGGGUUUAUUAAGAAGAAGUGAGAAAUGUGAAAUUGAUAAUAGCGAGUUUAGAAGGAUGAGAGAAUUAGCUGAAAUAGCCGUUGGUUUGUGUGAAUUUCUGGUUGACCAGAGAACAUCCCUACUACAAGAAGACAGAUGCGAGCAAUCACCGUGUGUAGAUGAGUUAGAACGUCAGCCAAUACACGAAGAAUACUGUUUAUACGAAGAACUCUUCAAGUAUGCGGACGACAAACUGUGCGACAUUCAGGCCGUUGUAGAGCAAAUCGUGGCACUUCAUGAUCCGACAACACUUGACGAUCAACGCAACACUAUGGUAAAGCAGCUAUAUUAUUAUUAUAGUGAAUGGAGCAGAAUAACGCAAUUGAGUACAUGGAAUCCAUUACUUGAUCUAUCAAAAAUCCAUGAACUGGAACAAUGUCUCCUUGCAGAAGAGAAAUCUCCAAUAGAAGCAGAAUGGAUAUGCGCAGUCAAAACACUCCAUGACCUCGUAUUCAGAAUGUAUACUAAACAGGAUGAAGACUUGGUGGAAUCACCAAUAACACCGACAUUUCAGCAAGUGAACACUCAAUCAAACGCUCAACCAUCACAGCAAGAAGUGCGAACCCAACAUCCCAGAGGUCGUCCUCCGCGGGAUAUAGCAGUUCGCGAGUUCUGGGAGCAGAUUUUACAUCUUAACAAUGAACUCAAGAGAGUGGCAGAGUUGAUCAAGAAGAACAGCCUCAAAAUUGCAAUGUUACCUGAUGAAGACGUAGUUAGAUUCAGGCAAACAAUAUCGGUUCUUCAUAACAUAUGCAUACAUAUACUAUUUUCAGAUGAAUCAAGGAAUUAUGAUUAUGAUCUCACACCGGUUGCCGAUAUUAUUGCUGCAUUUAUUGUGAGAGUAUAUAUCGUUAUAUGCCGUAUACUGAAGAAUGAGCCAACAAGAAAUGGAGUUGAGUUUAAUAGAUGGUUGAUGAUGGAGAAAUAUUUUGAUCUAGUGCACGAUGCGUUGGCUGAGAAUUGGAUGUGCUGCGCCGAUGAAGGUUCGUUUCUGAAAGCAGUUCUCAGAGAAUACUAUGAAACUGAUAUUCGAAUAGAAACCCAAGAACUUUUAUGCUGCUACUGCUUAUACAAUAUACCUCCUCCAAAUGACUCUGAUUUGGAGAAACAUAAGAAUUAUGGCGACAAAACGAAAAGUGUAGAAUUCAAGGACUUGGGUGACAUCGAGCCUGUAUUUAGAGUUAUAGUGAAGACGCAGUCGGAAUGGAUAAAAAGCGCAACAGCAAGGAAUGCAGUCAAAGACAUAUUGGAUGUAAUUGCCACGAAAGUAUCGGAAUAUGAUAAGGCAGAUAGAGGAGGGGAGACUGGGAGAGGGCUUAUGAGAGAAGUGUAUAAUUGUAGACAAUGGUUACAAUCUUAUCUCGGCAGUUCCAUUCAAUUCUACAAAGCAAUAAAUCUGGAAUACACAGGAGAGUUAUUGUCGCCAAUGCGAUGUAGGCAGAACUACACACUUUCACUCGACCAUAUUAAUAGUCAUUUACAUUAUCUCCGCGGUAAGAUCCGUCUCCAUUCUGUUAAAGCACGUUCAAGACAUAACGCUGCAAAGGCGAAUGAUCUUAUAGAGAGAGCAAUAGAAGUCCACGAGGAAGAUAUUGCUUAUAACCCAGAAAGAUUUGCAUCAUGGUAUGCGCUAGCAUAUCUUUAUUCCUGUCUAGCUGAAGAAAAGUUGAUUUAUUCGGCAGUUGAAAUCAAUCGUAACUUCAUAAAGAUAGCCGAAUACCAAAGAAAAGCAUUCCUAUGCUACGCUCAAUCGGCUCAUACUCUAAAACUCUGCCCAAUUUUCAAUGACCAACCACAAGCACCUAUAGAGGACCAGUUUAACUUUUGGCGCGGCUACGGUUAUCAUGUGUAUUCGAUGAUAGCCAAACCAAUGCGCAUGGCAGCGUUCCGGAAGGACCAUUUAGCAAACAUGAACGUCGAUGUAUAUACAUGGGCCGCAAAGUGUUUUGGAACUGCGUUUGCAUUUGAAAGGCAGAUUUGCGAUCAGAAAGAUUGGACGCUUCCAUAUAUGCUCGCAAUGUGCUCAUACAAGAUUUUGGGCGACGCAGUCGAUGCAAGUCGUUCAAAAAAAAUACUUCGUCUGCUCAAAGUAUCAGCAGCUCUCACUCCCCAAACGCUUGAUCGUAACAGUGAGAUUAUUGUCCUUGAGCCACAGUAUAAAUUGCUAAGCGUCCUCACCAAGUAUUAUCUGAAGAACUUGUUUACGGCUAGCGAUGUCUGUGACUGUCUUGAGUCUGAUCAUUCAGAUGAGUCUUAUUCCCGUCCUAUAUCAAUUCCCGACGGCAGGGAUGCUAUGAUAGGAUAUUUCAUUGAUCAAUACGAAGCACUUCGUACUCAAGAUACUGGGGGCUGGUACCAUCGUCCAAUAUACAAGGUUGCAAUGCUUAAGGCACUUUUAGGAAGAUAUGAAGAAGCCAAGAGUGAUAUGCAGAAUUUGGUACAAGUCAAGGCAAAGAGCGUUAUUAACGUAUGGAAGAACGAAUUUGAGAGGCCAGGAAGACACUUCGUUUACGUACAGCAGUAUAUAGUUUUUCUAAUUGAACUUCUAGAUAAGACAAACGACCUAGAGCUUCUUCGACUUCUCGAGCAUAAAAUUCGCAACUGGAGGAAUGUUACAUUAGAUCUUUCGGCAAUAGAUGAGAAUUUACGCAAGGCCAAAACACGGUUAAUGCUGGAGGAGAGUCGUGCUAUGGCGGAGCGAGUGCAGAUCAAACAAGAGAAUAUUACCGUGUUUACAAUAUAG